AUGACACGAGAAUUAUGCAGCGGACGGUCAUCCUAUCCAAUCGACCACGCGACGCUCUUGGCCGAGAUCCCUCGAGGAGCAAACUCGACAUUCGCUCCAUUGGCUACCCUUUCCGCACUUCUAGAUUCCGUCUCUGGACCUUGGCCCAUACUGGAGUUGCAAAGAACGCACACAGAGCUAUGGAAGCUUCUACCAGAGCAGGCCAAAGCCGGCCGUGCUUCGGAACUUGAGACCACAAUGCUCAACUACGUCUCUUCACAGUGCAAAUCUUCAUAUACUUCCCUUCUCGACCUGUACCAUCCAUCGUCAUCAUCAAAAGCAAUCAUUGAUCCUAUUACUAGCCGCUCAAGCCACCAUCUCAACCUGGCCACGACUGUCAGGAAUUUCCAGCUUCCGAGAGCGAAGACCACCAACCCCAAGCCCGUCGUGGCGAUCUCCUUACCUAAUGGUCCUCUUCUAGCCAUCACGGUGCUGGCCACCGCUACAUAUUAUACAGCCGCACCAGUGGCGCACGGUAAUGGCGUUGGCAAGGAGCAGUUCAAGACCGACGUAUUACAAUCGCGAUCCGACAUUGUCCUUGCAUCCGCGGAAGAUGUCACUCGACUCGGACUGCAGGACGCUUGGCUUUCAGAGGCUGGCAUCGAAGUCUUUCUCAUCGAUCUGAACGACUCAAUGGAUCUCGUAGUACGAACUCUCAAUGGAAGACUUGUUCAUGCCCCGUUCAGCAAGUCACCAGUCGUUCGGCCCGAGGCCAAUGCAGCAGACGACACCGGUAUUCUCCUUUUCACAAGCGGUACGUCAGGGACUAAAAAGCUCGUCCCUCUCUCCGUCCACUCAAUGGUCUGCGGAGUCGCCAUGGUUGUUGAAUCAUGGGGAUUGUCCCCAUCAAUGCGAUGCCUGAAUCAGAUGCCACUGAACCACGUCGGCGGUCUCGUACGAAAUCUGUUCGCGCCGAUCUUCUCCGGAGGUUCAGUGAUCUGCUGCGCAGGAUUCGAUGCCAACCUAUUUUGGGAUUGUGUGGAGGACCACUCCCCGACUUGGUACUACGCCUCACCCAGCAUGCACCAGUGUAUCCUCGAAGCAGCUGAGGACAGACCACAAAGUCUUGCAAAGAGCAAGAUUCAACUAAUCUGCAAUGCUGCUGGUGGCCUCUUACCGAGUCUUGCCAUUCAGCUGCGUGACACUUUCUCACGAGAAAAGUUGGAUUGCACAAUCCUUCCCAGCUAUGGUAUGACUGAAUGCAUGCCCAUUUCGACACCGCCUCUGGACUACCGCCUGCAGAAGACUGGAACCUCUGGUGUGACCGUCGGGCCUGAGAUUGCGAUCUUGGAUGGCCACGACCGCCCUCAGACAACUGACGUUGUCGGUCGGAUCUGCGUCCGCGGUGCUCCUGUAUUCGCUGGAUACCUUCGCGCCAACAACACUAUCGACCGAUCAUGUUUCACAGCUGAUGGUUGGUUCGACUCUGGCGACAUGGGUUACCUGGACAGCGAAGGCUACUUGUACAUCACUGGCCGAAGCAAAGAGGUCAUCAAUCGCGGCGGAGAACUAAUCAGCCCCUUCGAAGUCGAGGAAGCGAUUGUCGUGGCUGCCAGCAAGCCUAAUUCACACAUCUACGGCCGCGUCAGCAAAGCUCUGGCUUUCAGUGUGACUCACGAUGUACUUCAGGAGGUUGUCGGAAUCGCAGUGGUCACACCCAGUGGUGCACAAAGAGCAUGCUUGAGAGGAAUACAAGAGUCGGUCAAAUCAGUGCUCAGCUCCGUCAAGGUGCCUGUGCUACUCGUCUACAUGGACGACGGCCUACCCACGAAUAACAACAAGAUUCUGCGCAUUAAGCUCGCGGAGCGUUUGGGACUGCCCUCAAUAUGCGACAGCACGCCACCAACAGGGCGAUACUACGAGGCAGUCUGCCCGCCGCCCAACACAUCACUCAGCAUGCCCAUUCAGUGCAAAUCGCUCGAGAUGAACCACUACUGCUUGAAAGUUCUUGCCGAUGAGACCCUCUCAGAUGCCCAAGAAAGCUUCGUGAGGCCAGAUCUGACCGGAUUCUACCCAGAGCUGAUCGUUGCCCCGAGCCGAAACCAGAGCGUCAGCGGAGCAUCUAUUGUGACCGCCGCGAAUUCCCAAGAGCUGAUCAUGAAGCUGGCCAGCGGUCUGCACGGAUACAACGUUCCUUUCAAGGUGCGCGUCUUGGACACGGCCUUUCCUCGACGCUCUUCUGGUGAUAUUGACGUUGCGUCCUUGGACAUCCUGCUGAACACCCCUGAAGCCACCAAUGUGACUCACAAUCUCUCUGGCACCGAGGCUGUCGUUGCCAAGGUCUACGCUCUGAUUCUGUCAAUCCCGGUCAGCGAUCUCUCGAGCACUUCCCACUUCUUCGAUCUCGGUGGAGAUUCCAUGGCCGCUGGCAAGAUGCUGAACGCGCUCCGCAAGGAAUAUCCGCUCCGUCUUCCCAUCAAUAUCCUCUUCGCCAAUCCCACACUCUCCCAAUUGGCGCAAGUGAUUGAUGAUCGCAUGCUGGAAGAGAAACCAGAGAGCACUGAAUCGAUGGUUUCAGUCGAAGAGGAGUUGCUCCCAGGCUGUGCAGAGACUUGCAGCUCGACCAAUCCCUUCCUUUUGGUCAUCCAGCUGCUUCCUCUCGUGGCUAUCUGGCCACUUAAGCGUGCACUGACAUGGACCGUUUUCAUCUACUCGAUGACCGCCAUGUUCCCAUGGGCGACCACUGACAGUCUACCUGGUCGUCUGCUCAACUUGGUACUUUCUAUGGCCGUUGGCCGUGCUGUCACGAGGAUCGUCUGCCCGCUCGUGGCUAUCGCAUUCAAAUGGAUCGUUAUUGGCAAUCACCAAGAAGGUAUCUAUCCGAUGUGGGGCCGCUAUCACACGCAAUGGUGGCUCGUCGAAAAGGUUGUCGCGAUCUGUGGCCCGGGCGUCUUUGCAUUGUCAAAUUGGUCGCUCGUCUGGUACUACAGAUUGCUGGGAGCCAAGAUUGGCAGGAAUGUCAUCAUCAACAAGCACGCUCGUCUCGGCGAAUGGGACUUGAUCACAAUUGGCGACGAUGCGGUUUUGGAACGUUGCACUAUCCGUCCUUUCGCAGUUGAGCGCAACACCUCAAUGUACCUCGGACGUAUCACCAUCGGAAGCAAGGCCUCUAUCGGCUUGAGCGCCAUAGUUGCUGCCGGCACCAGUGUCCCCGCCGAUACUUGCAUUGGUCCCAACUCGUCCAGCUGGGAAGUACUCGAUGCGGAAGAGAGCAACCGUGACUUGAACGCAAGCAGUGUUCCUGAAGCGCACUGGGCCUUGCAGAUCUUCCUCGGUCUUCCGUUGACGGUCUUCAACGCCUUCCUCGGGGCUCUGCCAUGGCUCGCUUGCCUGGUCGCCCUGGUCAUCCGCGCACCCGAAGAUCACUUUGAAGACUUCUUGCAAUCGAUCAUCAUCUGGUUCGCAAGCCCGACCCGUGUUGGAUGGCAUUACGCCGCUCUGGCAGCUCACGCAUGUCUCGGACCUCUAUUCGGGUUUGCCUGUGUUGUGGCCAUCAAGAAGAUAUUCGAUCUGUUCUGUGGCCGCAUUACGCCGACCUUGGCUAGCGACCGCUCGCAGAUGACCAGAUUCCGAAUGCAGCUCUUGGAGACAUUGUUACCUGCCGGAAAGUUCCACAAGUUGACCGAGUUGUUUGGCACUCACUACGGUAGCACCUCCGCCUUUGCACGUGCAAUGGGUGCUAAGAUUGGUCGACGCGUUUACUGGCCGGGCACUGGUCCUUCGAUCCAGAGCUUCGAUCUUCUGGAAAUUGGCGACGAUGUUGUCUUUGGUUCCCGAUCGCACCUUGUCACCUCAGACGGUGGUGGUAGCGACUACGUCCGCAUCAAGUCCGGCGCCAUGGUCGCUGAUCGCGUUGUCCUCCUCCCUGGCUCCGAGCUUGGAGAGAAGACUGUGAUGGGAAGCGGUGCGCUGGCAAAGCGAAACAAGGCGUACGCCGAUGGCACCACCUGGGUCGGCAACAAGAAAAACGAAGCAGUCUGCCUCUCCGUCGAAUCCACGCGUCCUGAAAAGAGCGGCCACCGAACAGAGCAGUACUACGAGUCGAUCAACGCCCACAACAUCGUGCCACGCCACUCGCCCGCCAGUUCCACUGCCACUACGAUCCAAACCACGACGAUCCAACCCGAAUCUUCAAGUCCGUUCGGCCGUGCCUUUUACGAGGGCAAGGCUUCGUAUCGCGUGUGGGGCCAAUUCACCAUCUUCUGCUACAGCACUCUUACAGCAGUCCUCAGCGCCACCUGGUGGAACGCAGGCUCUAUUGCUGCAGUGCAGGUCGUUGGUCACAUGUACCAGAACAAGACUUGGCUAGCCCACCCGCACGGGUUUCUCGGUCGCGACAACAUGAUGCGACCUGCAAACUUGUUCAUCUUCUUUUGGGUUCUCAUCGUGGCUAUGAUGACCUUCCAGAGCAUCGUUGUUUUGGCAUUCACCAUCGCCGCCAAAUGGAUUCUCAUGGGCCGACGCAUGCCUGGCAACUACGAUUGGGACAAAUCCUCCUAUUGCCAACGAUGGCAAUUAUUCCUCAAGCUCGAGACUUUCCGUCGUCGCUGCUACGGUAACAUCGGCAUCCUCGGACUCCUCACCGGCACACACUACGUCGUGCUGUACUUCCGCGCACUCGGCGCCAAAAUCGGUUCAGACUGUGCCCUCUUCGCAUCAGGCAACCCCUCCCUGAUGUUCACCGAGCCCGAUCUCUUGACGCUCGGUGACCGCGUCGCUGUUGACGAUGCUAGUCUCGUCGGCCACAUCAACACACGUGGUAAAUUUGACCUCAACCCGCUCUCUGUCGGAUCGCGCAGCGUUCUCCGCACAGGCAGUCGUCUGCUCUCGGGCGCACGCAUGGAAGAGGAUUCUUGUCUCUUGGAACACACGCUCGUCAUGGCGGGUGAUGUUGUGGACACUCAGGCUACCGUUCAAGGCUGGCCUGCUGAGGAGUUCCAGAGCAAGAGGAUGCCGACGAUGGAGGUCAGACGGCACUGGAAGCCGUCUGGCUCCGCAUGAUCGGCGCUACACACUCAUUCUUCAAAUUUUCUUUUUUUCUUCCAAAAGAUUUUGCUGCUUUUAUUGUGGUUGGACUACUCCUUCCCCAUUUGGGUUGUUUCGAUGUCAGGCGUUUUAUGGUUGGUUUUGGAGUUGGGGUCCACGGCGGUAGAUACAGCAGUGAAAGGUAUCGCCUGCACAUGAUUGACGGAUGUCUUGCAUAUAUAAUAUUUUCUUCGCAUGGAUGCGGAAAGGAGCAUACAUAGAAUUAUCAAGGUCUCUAUGACUUUCAAUCGCAGAGUCAUAUUAUUGCUUCCUGCUUCCUGCUUCAACUCUGACUUGAGUUCGGUAGUCAAAACAGCCCUUGCG